ACCGUUAAUCUGUCUCCGUGAGUGACCGCAGGACGCCUUCCCCGGGACCACAGCCCAGUGGGUCUGGCUCUCUCCGGUUUCCUCGUGCUGUUUUUUUUUACUCCUCUAUUGCGCUCCUGACUGCAGACGAGACGCACGGGAAGGAAUUAACGCAGAGUGAGCUUCGUUAAAACAGAGAGACUCCCGACAGAGGAGACAACUGAAGCCCAAUGUAAAGUGAAACCCCCAAAAAACUGCCAGGAAAUGAUCGGUCUACAACUAUUGAACUUAAACGCGGAUUUUUACGCACCUUACCCAACUCCACCUCUUGACUGGAUCUGUACAGGAGUAACCACACUUUACCACCUUUGAGCUUGGGAUAUUUCGUUGCUUUGUAGUGGAAUUCCUAAUUUCUCCACAGCGAAAAGAAGUGGAAGACUGUGGUGGAAAGGCAGCGCUGGCCAAGAACAAGGGAAGACAAUACGCGCAGAACGGGCCAGUGGGUUUUUUUCUGGGGGGGGGAUCGUUUGAGCUUGUGUCGGAUGGGAUUCUUCAAUUACCCCGCGGAUGGAGGGAUGAGACCUGGAGGGAGAGGCGCGCGCACACACAGCUAGAGCGGGAUGGAGUCGUCGGGCGCCGUCAGAAUGCAAAACGGUCGCACCCCAACGGAAAGCAUCUCGGAUUAAAAUUGAACUAGCCGGAUAUUUCAGCCACCACUGAAGGAUAACCGCAUUAUUUCACACAAACAAAUGCUUAUGUGGGAUGUUCUUUAACGUGGAGCGUAUCUGUGUGGAGUUAACUACUAAUUAUGGGAAUUGGAAGCAGAAUUACGCUUUGACACUUUACACAACUUCACGUUUGAAAUAAGUGAAGGCAAAGAGACACAGCUCCACAGCUCCACAGCUCCACAGCUCCACAGCUCCACAGCUCCACAGCUCCACAGCUCCACAGCUCCACAGCUCCACAGCUCCACAGCUCCACAGCUCCACAGCUCCACAGCUCCACAGCUCCACGCAUGACGAGGAUGGUAUAGCAAUGGUAUUAUGUGAAUACUGAAGCACUGUCAUCACUACAUCUCCUAAGGUGUUGCAUCCAAGUGGGGUGGUAACCAUGGAGAGGUUGUUGCUGUGUGUAAUGUUGGCGGUUGCCAUGGCAGUACGGGCACAGAUUUGCCCCAAACGCUGCGUCUGUCAGAUCCUGUCACCCAACCUGGCAACCCUGUGCGCCAAAAAAGGCCUGCUCUUUGUACCGCCCAACAUCGACAGGCACACGGUGGAGCUGAGGCUGGCCGACAACUUCAUCACAAGCGUGAAGAGGAAAGACUUUGCAAACAUGACACGUCUAGUGGAUCUAACUCUAUCUCGAAAUACCAUCUCAUACAUCACACCUUAUGCCUUUGCUGAUCUAGAGAACCUCAGAGCCCUUCACCUCAACAGUAAUCGGUUGACGAGGAUAGGCAACGACACAUUUAGCGGGAUGUCCAAGCUACAUCAUCUAAUCCUCAACAACAACCAACUGGUCCUCAUUCACCAGGGAGCGUUCAAUGACCUGCUUGCACUGGAAGAACUGGACCUGAGUUACAAUAACCUGGACUCUAUUCCAUGGGAGGCUAUUCAGAGAAUGAUAAGUCUCCACACGUUGAGUUUAGACCACAACAUGCUGGAUUUUAUUCCAGAAGGGACAUUUUCACUGCUACAAAAACUCAAUCGGUUGGACGUCACCUCCAACAAACUCCAAAAGCUGCCCCCAGAUCCACUUUUCCAACGGGCACAAGUGUUGGCCACUUCAGGUGUGCUAACUCCCUCCGCGUUUGCACUGUCUUUUGGUGGUAACCCUCUCCACUGCAACUGUGAGUUACUGUGGUUAAGACGACUGAACAGAGAAGACGAUCUGGAGACAUGUGCCACUCCACAGCACCUGUCUGGACGGUACUUCUGGUCCAUUCCUGAAGAGGAGUUCUUGUGUGAACCUCCACUCAUCACAAGAUAUUCCCAUGAGAUGAGGGUCCUGGAAGGUCAAAGGGUGGCACUAAGGUGUAAGGCGCGAGGUGACCCAGAACCAGCCAUCCACUGGAUUUCUCCAGAGGGAAAACUGGUCUCCAACUCAUCUCGGACUCUGGUCUACACUAAUGGGACCUUGGACAUCCUUAUCAGCACGGUCAAAGACACCGGUUCUUUUACUUGUAUCUCGUCAAACCCAGCUGGAGAGGCUCACCAGACUGUGGAUUUAUUGAUUAUCAAACUCCCUCACAUCUCCAACAACACAAACAACAUCCAGGAGCCAGACCCGGGAUCGUCGGACAUCUCCACGUCCACGCGAGGAGGGGCAAAUGGCAGUAAUGUGACAGGAGACGUGAAGGGAGCAGAUAAGAGAGUGGUGACAGCAGAGGCCACGUCUUCAACAGCACUGAUCAAGUUCAACUUUCAAAGGAAUAUCCCCGGAAUACGCAUGUUCCAGAUACAGUACAAUGGGAGCCAGGACGAUUCUCUAGUGUAUAGAAUGAUUCCUCCUUCAAGCAAGAACUUUCUGGUGAACAACCUAGCAGCGGGGACCCAGUACGACCUGUGCGUUCUGGCCAUUUACGACGAUGUCAUCACCUCCCUGACGGCGACGCGGGUGGUGGGCUGUGUGCAGUUCUCCACAGAGUCCGAGUACAUGAGGUGUCAGUUCAUGCAGUCGCAGUUCCUCGGUGGCACCAUGAUCAUCAUUAUUGGAGGGAUCAUCGUGGCCUCUGUGCUGGUCUUCAUCAUCAUCCUCAUGAUAAGAUACAAGGUGUGUAACCCUGGUGACGGAGGCAAAGGAGUUUCCCUCUCUAUGACCAACGUGCACUCUCAGACCAACGGGCCCCAGUCGCAGGGGUGCACAGUGACCCCCAGCUCCUCCAAACACGGCUCCAUCGGCCUGGACGAUGUCUCCUCCGGGGGCUCCAAGAAGAGGGCAGGAGCAGGGGCCAAAGACACGGUGGUCCAGUCCUCUGAAUCCCCACUGCCCGACUGCUCCACCUCAGGCAUGGGGCAGACGUGGACAGCCAAGAGCCCCACCACAACCACAGUGGCUAUAGAUGAGAAGACCUCUUUAACUGGGGAGAGGGCUCAGGUCUCCUCUCCCUCCUCCACUGGCUCACUGCCCAAACCAAAACGCAAACCAGCACCCAGCAAACCGGGCUCGUCCUGUUCCAAUGCCUCAUCCUCCACCGUCCUGACCGAAGCUCUCCCUCGCCCCUCCUCUGCUGCCUCCUCCAGCCCCUCCUCUGCCCUCCUACCUCCCAUCACCUCUCUGGAAAACCUUAACACCAACCGGAACAACUCCACCUCUUUGAACCAGUCACCUUCAGUCUUCAGCCCACUCACUUUGCCCAGUCCCAGCCCUCGCUUCAGGGAUACUCCUAUCCUCCGCCGAGCCCCUCGCGUCUCCUCCUCCUGCUCUGCCAAGUACCAGACUCUCCCUGUGGAGGAUGGGGGACGCAGCCGGGCCCGCAGGAGGUACUCCCUCAGUGAAGGGGGCUCAAAGACUAGCACACUCCAGCAGGGUGGUCCUCCUAAGCUAGGACGUAUAAUGAGGAAUAAGAGGAGCCAAUCAAUGAGUGCAAUGCUACUCGCUAAAGAGGCCGAGGACUCUGAAAAAGGCCGCUGCGAUUCGGACUGGAUCUUAGAGAGCACAGUUUGAACUACAAACAAGAUGGCGACCACACGCUGGUUUAUCUGCUUUUGUAUGACGUGUGUGUUUUGGUUUCAGGUGUACAAGUGGUUUCUUGCCGUUUAGAGUGUUUUUGAUUUUAGAUGUGUGAGGGAGUGGGUGUGUGCUCAGACAUGUGCGUCCUUUGACUCUUUUUUAUUAUUUUCAACGCUUUUGUCCACAACUCUUUGUAUUCCGUUUACAUUUUUCACUCAGUUUCUGUUCAAGUCGGUCUUUCAGUGAGUCCAUGCUCUGCCUUGUCUCGUUGGUACCACUUUAUAGCACAAAUGAAAACAAGACAAUGGGCUUGCCACGUCAUACACUCUCACCGUAUCCGGACAGUACAACAAAGGGAUUUACCGUUACAGGAAAAAAAGGAAUACAUCCAAAUGGGACUGACAAGCACACUUCACAUGCCACAGAAAAGUGAUGUUUGUCGGCAAAGGGAUAGCAGCCGGUGCCUUCUUUUGCACUAAUGUUCCUUCACUCCCUCUGACAGUCAAAAGAACUGGAUUUUGUAGACCUCACAGCUUCAUAAAUGAGGGAUUACGGCAGAGGGGACAAACAAGAGACAAGUGAUUUCACACAUAGCCUUUUUACUUACAAAGGAAUAUGGAUGUUUGUAGACAGGUGACAAUGGUGGCAAACACAGACUUUUAAAGAACUCUUAUGAAAUUGAUAUUUUUUAAAAGGAAGUAUUAAAAAAAAUAACCUUUGGGGCUGUUUCCUGACUGGGUUUACUACAGCCUGUGGUGGUCACAAGCUCACUGGGAGCUUCUGUACAGAAAAGACAACAUGUACUGUGUUGUUAUGU